GCGCCUAGUGGUGCAGCAGCCCGUCGUGGUUGGGCCGGACGUGGCUGUGGUCAUUGAUCGAUACCCCCGCCGCCGCAGCACUGUUCUGGAUUCAGCAUGAUCACCGUUGGGGCUGGGCCUGGGGCAUGGGCCGCCCACGAGUGCCCCGUACCACCGCCAACUGAUCGUCAGCGACUUGACUGCUUGCGCGCCUUGAAUGUUUCGCUUCCCGCAUGAAGCCCACCUUCCUAGACCAUAUCCCCAAUGCUCCUAUAAUGCGAAGACUCCCUACCGCUCAACCACUCCAUCCCAUCCCGCUGUUCAAUCUUUGCCCCUCCCCCCGGUGCCCCUUUGACUCUACAAAUGACCGUGCCUGACCAAAGCCAGAAGGCCGCCGACUUGUGACCACAUCCAAGUGGUCUGCGUCCGACACAGCGGGCGUCACUCAACACUUCGAAACAGCCCACUCGGAUGUCUCAGGGCCGCCGCGGCCGUGACGUCCAUUUGACUGAGGUCACUCGCCGCGAAUCGAUUCGAGUUUCCGACCCGCUCCAACCCUCGAGACGAAAUCACCGCCCUUGUCCAGCCCAGCCCGGCGGACACAACGCACACAACGCACACAGUCAUCCUUGACUGCCCCUCCGCCUACUGCGGUGCACCACGACCUCGGCCAGGUGCCAGGUGCAGACCCCAGGCACGAGGGUUACACCUCCCUCUCCCUGGGCACGACGACUCUCACAUCCAGACCUCUGGACCUCCCCCCUUUCCUCCCUGCGACCUAAAUACUCCACCGCCCGGCCUCCUUUUAUGUUUAUGUGCAACGCCACACGCAAAUAUCCAUACGUCCUGUCUUCUGGCUGCUUCUGCCAGAUGCGUCCCUGCACGACUGAAUCGGCGCAAUGGGGUCUAUCGGCGGCAUGUCCCCUGGUGGGAGCAUCGCGCUCGGCAUUAUAACCGGCCUGCUAUCGACCGGCGUGCAAAGCCUGGGUCUGACCCUGCAACGCAAGUCGCACAUCCUCGAGGACGAGAAAGGGCCACACGACGUCCGCCGACCGCCUCACCGAAGGAGGAGAUGGCAGAUAGGAAUGGCCAUGUUCAUAAUAUCCAAUAUUCUCGGGAGCACCGUCCAGAUAUCGACACUACCGCUACCCGUCCUCUCCACACUGCAGGCCUCGGGCUUGGUCUUCAACUCGAUUUGCGCCACAAUCAUACUGGGCGAACCCUUCACGAGGUGGUCACUAUGGGGCACAUUACUGGUAUGCGCCGGCGCCGUGCUGAUCGCUAUCUUUGGUGCCAUACCUUCUCCCACCCACACCUUGGACGAGCUGUUGGCGCUGCUGGGUAGGUCCGCUUUCGUUUUAUGGAUGGCAAUGCAAGCUGUCCUUGUCAUUGCCAUCUGCACCGUGAUUGACGGUGCAAAUCACUUCUUGAAUCUGUCGCAGAGCCCGCGCUUUCGCCUCGUCCGCGGUCUGUCCUACGGCUGCGUCAGUGGCAUACUGUCCGCCCACUCGCUCCUGGUGGCAAAAUCGGCUGUCGAGCUCAUCAUCAAGACGCUGGUCGACGGGAAGAAUCAGUUUGUCCGAUGGCAAGCCUGGGUAAUAGUCUUAGCACUCAUCACCCUUGCGUUGACUCAGCUCUACUAUCUGCACCGAGGCCUCAAGCUGGUCUCAACAUCCGUUCUAUACCCCUUGGUAUUCUGCAUUUACAACAUCAUUGCCAUCCUGGACGGACUCAUCUAUUUCGACCAGACCGAACUCAUCAGCGCCUUGCGCGGUUGUCUCAUAGCGCUUGGCACCGUCAUCCUCUUGUCAGGUGUCCUUGCGCUCUCCUGGAGGCUGAGCGACGAGCAGCACACUCCAGUAGGCGGCCAGUCCUCGCUCGCGCCGGGCCUGGGUCUCGUUGAAGACACCGACGGGGAGGAGGAAGAAGAGGACCUGCUUCUCGCGAACACGAAUCUAGUCGGCGUCGAAGAUGACGUCCUUCCUACGACCUACACGUACAAUACCUUUGACAGCCCGGAGCCAGACAGCGCUCGGCGCACCAGGCCAAAACCGUUACCGCUUGUUCCAUCAACCUCUUCCGCCUCUGCGCGGAGAAAAUCAUCCUUCCUGCCUUCGUUGCCCCGACCGCGCUGGCAAGAACGACAGGAAAUCUGGGGCGAGCUAGACGACGAUCAAGUGCCGUAUUCCCCACUACCAGUCAGCAGAUUACGCUCGAAGACCAUGCCAGCCAAUGAUGCGUCACUGGUCGGAUCACAUCGGAGAGGGAUCAGUGACACCCCCUUUGUACUCAGCGAAGCACCGAGGAGUGCAGACUCGUCACGGCCAUGGAGAUCCGGCUUCCGCGCCCGCAGGAAGUCCACAGGCUUUCCCGGCUUCACAGCUCGGAAAUCAAAUCGUAGGACUUCCGGGGGGCCGGUCCAGGGUGCAAUUGGAGGCAUCUCGCGUUGGUGGAGGAAUAGAAAUAACGACUCCUCGGGAGACCUGCUGCAGAGGCCUUCUAGCUCGACGUUUCCGGAAUAUAGCGACGAGCCGGAGGACCAGUCUGCCCCGGCUACUCGUCAAGGGCCGUACCGGGAUAGUCCCGAACCAGACCCCCGCGAACAGUCUCCCGGCUCGGCCGAGGUCACAGGGCGUAGGAGAGAAGACGAUUCUGCUGUAUAGAGAUACCUUUCGAACUUUGGCGGCACCCCAUGAAUGAAGUGUGCCGCCUGUUGGCGUUUUGGCUUAUAGGAGAACACGGGCCAAGGACACUGGAGUGAACGGACAGUAUAUACCAUAGAGAACACGCACGGGAUUCGCCAGUAGGCUUGAGAAUAGCUCUUGUUGCAAGCGACUGGAAUAGUAACUUGGAAGUUAUCUUUUUUUAAUCAUGAUUGCAUCACGCCUGCA